AUGUCUGAAAGCGCAACCUACUUGAUCACUGGUGCGGGUCGUGGCUUGGGCCGCGGCCUCGCCAAGGCGCUACUUCAACGGCCCAAUACCACAGUCAUCGCAGCAAUGCGUUCUCCAGACCAGGCUUCUGAUUUGGCAAGCCUUCUCACUCACUCUGCAAGCAGGUUGAUCACCGUCACGAUCGAUAGUCGUUCCCCAAAGGAUGCCUUGGUCGCCGUUGAGAAAUUGGUCCGUGAUCAUGGGGUGGAAUCCAUCGACGUGGUCGUCGCCAACGCCGGCAUCAGCAAGAUUCCUACAGCAGCCGCCGAGACACCAAUCGAAGACGUCCUCGACUGCUUUAAUGUGAACGCUGUUGCUCCCCUGCUUCUUUUUCAGGCUACGUGGCGUCUUUUGCGGAGAUCGUCGGCUCCAAAGUUUGUCGUAAUCUCAAGUAUCGCCGGAAGUUUGGGCGAGGUCCCUCGAUAUGCUUCGCCCUGCUCAGCAUAUGGCUCUUCCAAAGCUGCGGUGAACUUUUUGGUCCGUAGGAUCGGAAGCGAGAAUGAGCGUCUGAUUGCCCUUGCUUUGCACCCAGGCUGGAUGCAAACAGAGAUGGGAAACGCUGCUGCAGUCAGAUUCGGGAAAAAGGAAGCCCCUGUCGAAGUUGCUGGGGCGGUAAACUCCAUUCUUAUCGAGAUCGAUCAAGCGACCCGGGAAAGUGCCGCUGCCUUCCGCACUUAUGACCACAAAGAGCUCCCGUGGUGA